ACCCUCGUAACGCUUCAAAUAGUUGCUCUUUGCAAUUGCGUGUGCAAUACCACCAUUGUGCAAUUUCCUCACAUUCAGAUCGUUUUUCAGAAAGCAACAGCAGUAGUCGCAAUAAUAACUUUUGCCACCCAUUUAAAUAAUAUUCAGAAACUAUCGUCUAUUGACCUCAAACCCAUCGGAUCGGUCCACCACUAUCUGAGUGUGCGAUUUUUUCGCACCGAAUGGCAAAAUCGCUGACAGCCGGCAAACAAAGUAACAUUUCUUGACCGCAGCUGCUUGAACGGGAUAACAGGAAGAUCAGGACACCAAGCAUGGAGCCAUCGUUGGACAACUACAAGCUGAGCUGCGAGCUCCUGGGCCACAGCAUGGAUGUGCGGGCGGUAGCGGUGGGACCUCCAACUCCGGAAGGUCGCCAGACCAUUCUGUCCGGUUCGCGGGACAAGAGCACCAAAGUCUGGAAGCCCCAUGGGAACGAGUACUUGGAAAGCCUUACUUUGCAGGACCACAAGAACUUCAUCUCGUACAUCUGCUUCCUGGAGUCGGAGCGGUGGAUCUGCACGGCCAGCAACGACGCCACCAUCUGCAUCUACAAGCAGGACGGCUUUGUGCCCCUGUUGACCCUCAAGGGUCACGAGUCCACGGUGUGUGCUCUCUCGGCAGGAUUGGAGCCACGAAGCCUCAUCAGCGGCAGCUGGGACAAGACCGCUCGGGUGUGGACCAUCAGCGAGGCGGGUGAUGUGUCCUUCGUUGCUUUAGAGGGACACGAGGCGGCGGUUUGGGCGGUGGCCACCUUGAAGGAGCAGCGGAAGUAUGUGACUGGUGGUGCGGACAGGAACAUCUACUACUGGAACGCGAAAGGCGAGAAGCUGCGCCUGCUUAAGGGUCACACGGAUUGCGUGAGGGGUGUCAUGGGACUGGAUGCGAACACACUGCUCUCCUGCGGAAAUGACGCUGUUCUCCGCUUCUGGAACGAGGAUGGUGAGUGCGUGCGCGAGAUGAACGGACACAGCAACUACAUCUACUCCAUGGCUCGCAAUGAGGCUCUGGGCGACCAAGUGGUGGUCUCCUGCGGCGAGGACAGCACGUUGCGCAUGUGGAAUGUGAUCACCGGCGAUGAGCUGGGAGCACCCAUCAUCCAUCCCGGCAUUUCAGUGUGGUCCGUAACGUGCCUACAGAACGGGGACAUUGUCACCGGCUGUAGCGAUGGUGUGGUGAGGGUAUUCAGCCACGUUCCUGCUCGCCAAGCAAGUGAAGCAGUCCUUAAAGCCUUCGACUUAGUAGUGGCAACUAGAAAGUCUCAGAUUAAUGAGGAGAUUGGUGGCGUCAAGAAAACUGACCUUCCAGGUCCGGAGGCUCUUCUGUCCAAUGGAACGCGCGAGGGUCAAACGAAGAUGGUGCGCCAUGCCGAUGGUUCCGUGAAGUGCUACACCUGGACGCUGGGUAACUGGAACUUGGUAGGCGAUGUAACUGGCGCAACUGGAGGAACCCAGUCGAACUCCGGCAAGAAACUGCACGAGGGCAAGGAGUACGACUUUGUGUUCAGCGUGGACAUUUCCGACACGGAGCCACCUAUCAAGUUGCCCUACAACCGCAGCGACGAUCCGUGGCAGGCGGCCCAGACCUUCAUCCAUCGCCAUAGCCUUCCACAGGCCUACCUCGACCAGGUGGCCAACUUUAUUAUAAAGAACUCGGAAGGCCCCGUGCUGAUGGAGCAGGCGCCAACCGGCUAUCAGGAUCCAUUUACUGGUGGCUCCCGCUAUGUUCCUGGAUCGAGCAACACCAAUAUGGGAAGCGGCGGCAAUGUGGAUCCCUUCACUGGAGCCUCGAGUUACUCCACAGCGAGUAGCAAUGCUCAGUCGCAGGUGGAUGUAAACUUUGUGCGGUCUGGCGACAAACACUUUCCCGUCAGCAACUACCGCAUCUUCGACACCUGUGAUGCCAAGAAGGUGCUAGAGAAAAUGAUAGAGUUCAAUGGCAAACUAAGCCUACCUGAUGGAAGAGUGGGAGAGGAGGUCUUGUUGGCCGUAAUCAAACUCGCCGAUCAAUCGCCUGAGCUCGAUCUGACCUCCCUGGAAGCUCUGGCCAUCCUGCUGAAGUGGCCGGCGUCCAUGCAGUUCCCCGUGCUGGACAUCCUUCGCCUGGCCGUGCGAAAUGAAGCCAUCUUCAGUGUCCUGAACAACAGUCACAACUUCCUGGCGACCGUUAUCCCUCAAUUGAGCGGCUCGGCACCCAACCAGCUCAUGGUGGUGCGCUGCCUGGCCAACAUCAUGAGCCACGCCGCCGGCCGGCAAAAUGUGAUGUCCCGUCUGGCGGAGAUCAUCGAUCUCGUGGGAGCCAUCAAGACGGGCAGUGCCAAUCUGCAAAUUGCCGUGGCCACCUUCUAUUUGAACCUCACAAUCUCCCAGACUCUGGACGUGGCGAAGUCGGAGGUGUGUCAUGUGGUCACCUCCGGUAUUGUGGAGCUGCUCAAGUGGGCCAAGGACUUGGAAGCGUGCUACCGUUCCAUGCAGGCCAUCGGCAACCUGACCACCACUUCGUGCGGCCAAGAGACCAUUGCGCAGGUGGUGUCCGUGGACUAUGUGAUGGACAAGUUGAGGGAACUUACCAUUACUCCGCAGGACAAGAACUUCAGCAAGGUGAAUUCUGUGGGCCAGGCCCUGCUGGCUGUGUUCUAAGAUCUCCGCCAAGCAACUUCUUAUGAUCAUUCUAAAUUAUACAUAUAUUGGAGAACUUUUUUUCUAAAUAC